GGUUCAGGUGGGGCUGCGUAAGGAAGCCGCUGGCAGCCGCAGCCGGUGGCCUUGGACCCGGAGAAUGGCUUUGUAGCGGUAUAAAUGUCUGGGUGAGCUACCCCAUCGAGAAAACACAAUUUACACACACCCACACAAGCACAGAGCGAUAGGGAAUACUGUAUUAGACUCGCACUCUUCCAUAAUCUUUAAAUGAAGAUUUAUAAGUGUGUGCAAGCCUAGCCAGCUGCCCUCUGCAUGCAUGCAUACACACACACACACACACAAACACGUAGGGUGUGUGUGUGUUAUAUAAGAAUAAGACAAAAGCUGCCGGGGUGAACACUCUCUUUGCAUUGGGUUGCAGUCACGCCCUGACACUCCAGCAAUGUUGGGGCCCCUUUAUGGCUCCCCGGUCAGUUUCUGAGCAAUUUCUCCUCUCCAGGAAGAUGUUCUGGGGGUCCCUGAGUUUUGGGCCAUCUUUAGCUGCCCCACAGCAGUUUCCACCUUCACCUGCACCCUGGGGGAGGCCCUGUCCUACUUUGCAGGGCUGUUGCUAAGAAAAAGAACAUCAAAACUGUCAACAAUUACUAAGCAUUAUAAGAUUCAGCAUUGAUUUUGUGCUGGGGGAGGAAAGAAGGUUUUCCCACUUUUCUUACAGUAUUGGAAUGUGGGCUUAUCUGGCGAAAUUGAAUAAUGGGUGAUUCACGACAGGUAAAUUACAUACUAGCUCUAGAAUUUGCCUCUGUAGGGUGAUAUCUUUAAAAGAAGAAUUUGAAAAAUUCAUGGAGGAAGAGGCUGUCAGUGUCGGUGGCCAGUGACUUGGACAUUUUGGACUUAUUCCUGGAUUGUGGAUUUCUUUAGCAUCUGUCUGGUGGUGGUGGUGGAAAUUCUAGGUGGGCCUUUGAUCUUUACAUAGCUCUAAAAGAUGGCCUUGUUUUUAUCCCUGAUGCUGGAAAUGGCUUCAAACUCCUUUUUUCUUCUCCUUGUCUGUGAAUAUUGCUUAUCCGGCUUAGAAAGGGCACCCAGAUAGGUUCAUUCUACAGAAACUCGGUGGAGGAACCAACAGUCAACCCUUGUCUGAAGAAUUCAGAAGUGACUCUAUUCAUCUUCGAUUAGAAAAAGCAAUGCCAAAUUCAUGCUGCAGCUGCUGGGCAGGAGAGCCCCACUAGAUGGCAGCCCUGAGCUGAUUUUGGCUGAUUUCAAGAAGCUAAGUGGAGUUGGAUCUGGUUCAUACUUGGAUUGGAGGCCACCAGGAAAUACCAUAGCUGUAGACUAGGCUGGUUCAGUUCCUCUGCCUGUGUGAAAUGGGUGGAAGCCUUCGUGCCUUUGGGCAGGAGGAAAGAUUUCCCGUGGCAUGGAGUUGGACAGCAGCAAUCAACCUGUUGUUAUGAGAGACGACAACAAGCGGCGGAGGAGGAGGAGGAUGAAGCCGCACUGUACAGCAAACAGUUUCUCUUCAACAGAACUCAUCUCCAUUGAGUUUGUUCUCCCCACAGCCAGCAUCAUAGCAGAUAUAGCUAGCAACUGCACAGUAGAGCAGAUGAAAGCCCAAGUUUGGGUGCGAGCAGUAGAAGGUAAUCAGACCUCCGAUUCCUUCCGCAAGAUCACGCCCGAUCAGUUUCUUCUCCUGUAUCAGAAGAAGGGGCAGUGGUAUGAAAUUUAUGACAAGCACCAGAUCAUACAGACUCUGGAUUGUAUAUUAUAUUGGAAAGUGUUACAGAAGAAAGUGGGCAAAAUCCAUGUGGUUGAAAAGCCCAGCCCCACAGAGGAAGUUCAGGAGUUUCAAAAGCAGCUCAAUUAUUUGAUUGGCUACGACGUCACUGACGUGAGCAACGUGCAUGAUGACGAGCUUGAGUUUGCCCGCCGCAGGCUAGUCACUCCACGGACAAUUGAAGUAUCCUGCAGAGAUCCAAAAUUAUAUUCCAUGCACCCUUGGACUACAUCCAAACCACUUCCAGAAUAUUUGCUGAGUAGAAUUGUCAACAAUAAUAUUUUUAUAAAUAUACACAGAGGAACAACUAGCCAAAAGAUUAAAGUAGCUAUUGAUGACACACCAGAAGUAAUCCUCCAGAGCUUCUUCACAAAAAUGGCAAAGAAGAAAUCUUUAAUGAAUAUUCCUGAAGAUUACAGCGAGCUGGAUUUUGUCCUUAGAGUGAGUGGCAGAGAUGAGUAUAUUGUAGGAGAAACACCAAUCAAAAACUUCCACUGGAUAAGACAGUGUCUUAAAAAUGGGGAUGAAAUCCACCUCGUCCUGGAUGAACCACCAGACCCAAACCAGGAUGAAGUUCAGAAAGAGGAGUGGCCCUUGGUUGAUGACUGCACUGGAGUUUCAGGUUAUCAUGAGCAGCUAACAAUACAUGGCAAAGAUCACGAAAGGGUAUUUACUAUAUCCUUGUGGGAUUGCAAUCGGAAAUUCAGGGUCAAGAUAAUUGGCAUUGAUAUCCCUGUGUUACCAAGAAACACAGACCUUACGGUCUUUGUUGAGGCUAAUAUUCAACAUGGCCAGCAGCUCCUUUCACAGAGGAGAACAACAGCUAAACCAUUUACUGAAGAAAUUCUGUGGAACGUUUGGCUUGAGUUUGACAUCAAGAUUAAGGACCUCCCUAAAGGAGCAUUACUCACUCUGCAAAUAUAUUGUGGAAAAGCCCCAGCGCCAUCCACAAAAGUUAACCUGCACUCCCAUGAUUCUCCCUGUUCUGAUCCUAAAUACAAAACGCAGCUUCUCUAUUAUGUCAACAUUUUAUUGAUAGACCACCGCUCUCUGCUUAGAACGGGGGACUAUGUGCUCCAUAUGUGGAAAAUUCCAGGUAAAGGGGAAGAGCAGGGAAGCAUAAAUGCUGAUAAACUGACCUCAGCCACCAAUCCAGAUAAAGAAAAUUCAAUGGCUAUUUCAAUUGUUUUGGACAAAUACUGUCACCCCAUAGCCUUGCCUAAACACAAGAUAGCAUCUGAUCCACACGGGGACAGGGUCAGAGCUGAAAUGCCAAACCAGCUGCGUAAACAGCUGGAAGAGAUCAUAGCUACUGAUCUGCUUAAUCCACUCACCUCUGAAGACAAAGAAUUAUUAUGGCAUUUCAGAUAUGAAAGUAUAAAGCACCCCAAGGCAUAUCCUAAAUUGCUUAGCUCAGUGAAAUGGGGACAGCAAGAAAUAGUAGCCGAAACAUACCAGCUGUUAGCUAAAAGAGAUGCGUGGGACCAGAGUGCUUUGGAUGUUGGCUUGCCAAUGCAGCUUCUGGACUGCAACUUUUCGGAUGAAACCGUGAGAACAAUGGCUGUGCAGAAGUUGGAAGGGUUAGAUGAUGAUGAUGUUCUCCACUAUCUCUUGCAGCUGGUUCAGGCUGUGAAAUUUGAGCCUUAUCAUGACAGCGCCUUAGCCCGGUUUCUUCUGAAGCGCGGCUUAAGAAACAAAAGAAUCGGACACUUCUUGUUUUGGUUUCUGAGAAGUGAGAUUGCGCAAUCUAUGCACUAUCAGCAAAGGUUUGCCGUGAUCCUAGAAGCCUACUUGAGGGGCUGUGGAAAAGCCAUGCUGCAGGACUUCCUCAAGCAAGUUCAGGUCACUGAGCUGCUGCACAGGGUGACCAGGGAGAUAAAGUCCAUUUCUGCAGAGAAGUAUGAUGUCACCCCUCAAGUCAUCACACAGCUCAAACAAAAGCUUGAGAAGCUACAGGACAGCAAAUUUCCAGAAUGUUUUAGAGUUCCAUAUGACCCUGGACUGAAAGCAGGAGCACUUGUGAUAGAGAAGUGUAAAGUUAUGGCGUCCAAGAAAAAACCGCUUUGGCUAGAAUUCAAAUGCGCAGAUCCAACAUCUCUCUCCAGCGAAACCAUUGGCAUCAUCUUCAAACAUGGCGAUGAUCUGAGACAAGAUAUGCUCAUUUUACAGAUACUUCGAAUAAUGGCAUCCAUAUGGGAAGAGGAAUCCUUGGAUUUAUGUUUGUUGCCUUAUGGCUGCAUUUCUACAGGAAAUAAAAUAGGAAUGAUUGAAAUUGUAAAGGAUGCGAAUACAAUUGCCAAAAUCCAGCAAAGUACAGUUGGAAACACUGGGGCGUUUAAAGAUGAAAUACUAAACCAGUGGCUUAAGGAGAAGUGUGUAAUUGAAGAAAAGUUUCAGGCAGCAGUGGAACGAUUUGUAUAUUCUUGCGCAGGAUAUUGUGUGGCCACCUUCGUUCUUGGAAUUGGAGACAGGCAUAAUGACAACAUAAUGAUCACAGGGUCAGGUAAUCUCUUUCAUAUUGACUUCGGCCAUAUUCUUGGAAAUUACAAAAGCUUCCUUGGAAUUAAUAAGGAAAGAGUUCCUUUUGUGUUAACACCAGAUUUUCUUUUCGUCAUGGGGACAUCUGGGAAGAAAACAAGUCUGCGUUUUCAGAAUUUUCAGGAUAUUUGUGUGCGGGCUUACCUUGCCCUUCGGAAGCACACAGACCUUCUCAUCAUCCUCUUUUCUAUGAUGCUAAUGACGGGGAUGCCCCAGCUGACUAGCAAAGAAGAUAUUGAAUAUAUCCGUGACGCACUGACGGUUGGCAAACACGAAGACGAUGCUAAGAAGUAUUUUCUAGAUCAGAUAGAAGUUUGUCGGGAUAAAGGCUGGACUGUGCAGUUCAACUGGUUCCUACAUCUUGUGCUUGGAAUUAAACAAGGAGUUGAAAAGCAUUCUGCCUAAGGAUGCCAUUAUAAAUCCUUUGCAGGUGGAUUCGUUGGUGGUUACUUGAUACGACUUCCAAGAACAUGGUCCCUGUCCAGAACACCCCUUUCCUUAUUAGAAUCUGGAUCUGAUGAUACUGCAUAGCACUAAGCUAGCACUGGCGAACAUGUGGCUGAAGUGGCUUCGUUUCUUCCCCCCCAAUCCAGACUCCCAUUUCCCACAGAUGUUUAAUAAACUAAAACUAAAAUUUAUAGGUAGCAUUGAACAUCUUUUUUCCCCAGCUUAUUAUAUAGUUUUCUCCUGCUUGUAAACAUUUGUACCCUCACGGUUCUAUUUUUAACUCUUUCUCCUGCUUGCAUAAUAUUACAGUAGCAAAGUUCUCUAGCCUCUAUAAUUAUUUAAGGAAAGAAAGCUAUGGCUGUGACAUUCCAAGUCACUAACUCCAAUGUUGCAAUGAGUGUUAUGCACAAACUGCAAUUAGUUAAUCAUCAGGAUCCCCGGAAAGCAGAAUGCUGGAAUUACACUCUUGGACGGCCAGUCAUGGACCACUGCUUUGGUGAUAGAAAGCCCGUCUGUAUCAGGGAUAGACAACCACAAUUAUGGUUGGGUGAUAUGAUAAAUUGCUGAUGUGGAAAUCCUUAUGGAGUGGUUUGUUGAAUCUUUUUGGAGAUGCAGGAGCGAACCUGCAUCUGGAGAAGAAAGAAAAUCCAAAGUUGAAGAGGCCAUCAGUAGCUGAUCCCUCUUAGGUGACGUAUGUGGGUUUUGUGGUUGUUCAGUCAUUGAGAUGGGCAAUAACCAUCACCAGUGGAGCCUCGAUGGUGCUUCCUGCUCUCCCCCAGGAGGAAAAGGCAAGGAAGGGCCCCCUCCCAUCAUUCUUUUUGUAAGACCAGCGAAAUAGCUUUGGAAAAGACCUUUUCCCUCCUGAACUUUGUAAAGCUUACUAGAUUUUGAAUUUACAACCUUUUUGUUUUGAAUGGUAGUACUUUUCAUCGAUUGGUGAAAUUAUCUCCUUAUGCUGAUGGCAUUGUAAAUGCGGUUGAAACUUUAAAAAGUUUUACGAUAGUGGUAGUUGGUCCCUAGAAGAAAUACCGCCCAAGAGCUGCUCCUUUUACCAGAUGUUUAAGAAGUCAGUGGUUAUUUUUUUCCUCAGGAACAUUUUUAAAAUUGUUCAAAUCAAUACUAGUGCCAUAAUCCCUUGAGCAAUGGGAGGCACAUCUGGCAGUUAGCCUUUAAUUGGUGUAUAUGUUUAAUUUUCAACCCCUUCUUGCUGUAUCAAACAGCCUUUUACAUUCUCCUGAUGUUCAAAGUGCUCCGUCAGGCCAUUUAAAAAUUAAUGUUUGAAAAAUAAACAUAUUCAAAGAUCCAUUAGAUUUGCAGACUGUUUACAGCAUUGUGAGCCAAAUCAAGGAAACUUACUUAUCCAGGGUGGUAUGGUGCUUUGGCUCUUAUGUUUUAUAUUUUAAAAAUAGAGGUAUUUAUUUUUAAAAAUGGGGCACUUUCCUCUAUUUACCCACAUGAAUUCAGGAUGACUACUGAACAUGUGAACAUUUUUGCACAGAGGAUCUACCGUUGUAACUAAAUUUAUAAGGUGCACUCUUGAGAGCAUGAAAUUGUCUGACUUGAAUUGUAAUGAUACCUUGUGUGGGCGCAUGUUUCUCCAAAACAAAUAUUGUGGAAUUAUAUUUAUUUAUAUGUCUCAUGUAACAUGUCAUCUCAUUAUUAUGUCACAAGAUACAUUCAUAUGUACAUUUUUUGAAAAACCUGCAGGUGUAACCUCCUAUUGCUUGGAGAAAGAUAAGAGUUGAGAUGACUGCUGUGUACUCUAAAGGCUUUUUUAUUUCCCUGUUUCCUUAAUGAGGGAAUCUGCAACUGUUUAGUUGUUCUUUGAUUACAAUUUCCAUCAUCUUUAACUCCGGUCCAUGCUGCAAUUGAUAGGAGCUGAAUCCAAAACUGUUAUAUUGUGCAAGGUUAUCCUAUAAGCAAUUCUACAUUAGAAAACCUGGUUUACUGAACUUUUACACUUUCUAACGGUAACCUUUUAAAGACUCGGUCGUUUGUACUGUAUCUAUUUUUCAAUUGAAAAAAAAAGUGAAGUGAUUUUAUAUGUUUGUGGCAAAGAAUAUUCAUAUAAAUAUACUUCAAUUAUU